CGCACUUAAGCCUGGCGGCCCUCUCCUCUGCUGUGCUGGGGGAGACGAAGCUAGGCGCCGAUCAAGAGAGGGGAAGAAGCAAAGCAAGCAGCAAGCAGGGUGCGGGUUGUCGGACAAUACGCCGCCGGCGAUGGUGGAGCUGACACCGCGUGGCAAUGGUUGUUGCCCGCGUGUGCUCUCGGUUUCUCUGCUCCUCCUCCUCCUUGCUGCCCUGCUGCCGUCGACGCACGUCUCGUCGGCGGCGGCGGCGGCGGCGAUUACCAGGGGUGAUUUCCCGGAGGGCUUCGUCUUCGGCGCCGGCGCAUCGGCUUACCAGGUUGAAGGCGCAUGGGCAGAGGACGGGAAGAAGCCCAGCAUCUGGGACACAUACACGCACAGUGGCUAUUCGAUUGACCAUGCGACUGGAGAUGUGGCUGCGGAUCAGUAUCACCAUUACAAGGAAGAUGUGAAGCUAAUGCAUGACAUGGGGUUGGACGCGUACAGGUUCUCAAUUGCCUGGUCAAGGCUUAUUCCAGAUGGGCGUGGAGCUGUGAACCCAAAGGGGUUGGAGUACUACAACAGCCUCAUAAACGAACUCCUCAGAUAUGGAAUACAGCCUCACGUGACCAUCUAUCACUUCGAUCUUCCCCAAGCUCUUCAAGAUGAAUACAACGGCCUGCUCAGUCCUAGAAUCAUCGAUGAUUUCACGGCAUACGCAGACGUGUGCUUCAGGAGCUUUGGCGACAGGGUGAAGCACUGGAUCACGGUGAACGAGCCCAACAUCGAGCCCCUCGGCGGCUACGACCAGGGCUACCUCCCGCCGCGCCGCUGCUCCGCCCCAUUCGGACUCGCCGGCGUCCCCUGCACCCACGGCAACUCCACGACGGAGCCGUACGUCGUCGCCCACCACCUCCUGCUCGCCCACGCGUCGGCUGUCUCCCUCUACAGACGCAAGUACCAGGGUGAGCAAGGAGGACGGAUUGGGCUCACAUUGCUGGCCUAUUGGUAUGAGCCGGCCACGCACAAGCCUGAGGACGUACAAGCAGCUGCAAGAGCAAAUGACUUCACACUUGGAUGGUUCAUGCAUCCCUUGGUGCACGGCGACUAUCCACCGGUGAUGAGGAGGAACGCGGGGUCAAGGCUGCCGGUGUUGACGGCGCAAGAGUCGGCCAUGGUGCGCGGGUCGUUCGACUUCGUCGGGAUCAACCAGUACGGCGCACUCUUGGUUGAAGCAGACCUCGGCCAGCUCAAACGGGAGCUCAGAGACUAUUACGGCGACACUGCUGUCAACUUCAUCACACUACCGUUCGAGAGCACAGUAAGGAACCAGGAGCCUCAACUUGGGCUGCGGAACAAAGAGGCGCCAUGGGCUCUGAACAAAGUGCUGGAACACCUGCAGAUUCAGUACGGGAACCCUCCGGUGAUGAUCCACGAGAACGGAGCUGGGCACGAGCCGGACCCGUCGGGCGCGUUCCUGUACGACGACGAGUUCAGGGCACAUUUCCUGCAGGUGUACAUCCGGGCGGCGCUGGGUUCCGUCAAGAACGGCUCGGACGUGCGCGGCUACUUCGUGUGGUCGUUCAUGGACGUGUUCGAGUAUCUCUUCGCCUACAGGUUCCGCUUCGGCCUCUACGGCGUCGACUUCGCCGCCGACGACCGGACCAGGUACGCUCGGAGCUCCGCGCGAUGGUACGCCGGCUUCCUCCGCCGCGGCGGCGGCGACCUCACGCCGCCGGCGCCGCCUCUGGGACACGGACACGGCUCCACCUAUUCGGAGUGAAAAUCGGCGGUACGUGUGUGCGUGCGUGCCACACGGAACAUCCGGAGUCGUAAUACCCCGUACAAUAUAUACAUAGAUUCGUCGCCGGAAAAGAAGCACAGGAAGGAUGGAUGUUUCUUCACUGAUCAUCGUCAUCCGUGUCGUCCUGUGCGGCCUUCGCCAUCGGUUCUGUACUUCUUUGCAUUGGAGGAAUAAAAAUUCAGUUUUGUUGCACGUAAAUAAGCAGGAGGCUGUGAUCACCUCAGCUAGAUAUUAGUGGCAAGUUUAAACGAGCCUGCUAGAUUUUGCACGUGACAGUGCACACUUACUUUUUUUUCCACAUGAUGUCUAAGAGAGUAUAUAACCCAAUUGAUUGUGUGGAAAGUGCAUUCGUGUACUCA